AUGGCUUCGACCUCCUCAUCCACCGUAUACGUGGGCAACCUCGCGGCGCAUCUAGACGAAUCCGCACUCGCCGAGGCCUUUGCGCCGUUUGGCGACAUCGUCUCGGUCUCGCUUCCCACCUCGGCACCUUCCGGCUCGGCACAGAGGAGGAACAAGGGCUUUGGCUUUGUCACGUUCAGCAGUCCAGACGACGCGCUCGAUGCGCUCGACAACAUGCACCUCAAUGCGCUAACCGGCCGCACUAUCCACGUCAAGCUCGCCGACAAGGAGCAGCCCAAACAGGCGUCAAAUCGAGCCGUAUGGACAGACGAGGAAUGGCUGAAGCAGUACGGCGGUGCGGAAUCGACGGAACAAGAAACAGAGACCAAAGACGAGGCAGCAACAUGA